CUGCCUCUUCCUGCGGGCGGAAGUUUGAGGCCGCUCUGGGGCCGGGUGGGAGCUGAGCGGACUGUCAUGGCGGCGCCGCUGCGGGACCGGCUGUGCUUCCUGAGCCGGCUGCCGGUGUUACUGCGGGGAACUGCGGACCAGGAGGAGCCGUGCCCGGGGUUUGUGUUGGAGGAGAUCAGCAAGAUCUCCCGUGAGUCAGCAGGGAGCAGUCAGUGUUUGCUGGAGUUCCUGCUGGGCCGGCUGCGCGGCGGCUCCUGCCACGUCAAGCUGAAGGUGCUGAAGAUCCUGCAGCACACGUGUGCACAGGGCUCACCGCAAUUCGUGCUGCAGCUGAGGAGGAACGCUGCCUUCAUUCGGGAAGCUGCAGCAUUCACUGGGCCCCCAGACCCCCUCCACGGCAACAGCUUGAACCAGAAGGUCCGGGCUGCUGCGCAGGACUUGGCCAGCUUUCUCUUCUCGGAUGCUGUGCCCCCAACGGUUGCCACGUGUCCUGCCCGUCCCCUGCAUCCUGCAGGCAUGGGUUCCAAAUCCAGUCCCUGCAGCUCCAUGCAAGGAUUUGGCUUCAGCAGCGAGAGAGGCAGCUCAGCCUCAGCAGGUGAAGCCCUGCUCAGCACCAUCCAGCGAGCAGCUGAAGCUGUGGCCAAUGCUGUGCUUCCCUCACUGGACGGACCCCGUUCUCACUGUGGGGAGCUCCAUGAAGACACCUACCAGCCUGUGACAGCUCCUUCUCCUGCCAGAAGCUUGGCCAGCUCAACCAAUCCACCAGCAGCCACCACAGCUCACAUUGCCCGAGUGAGUCAUCAACCAGGGCUGGCAGGGGGCGGCUGGGAGGAGGCAGACAGUGGGCACAGCUCCCAGAACUCCUCACAGGAGAAUGGUGACCUGAGCCGCACCUCAGACACCUACAGUAAAUCAGGCAGCGACAGCCACUCUGGGACCAGCCGGGAGCUGGUGAGCGGGGCUGAGAGGGUGGAUGCUGACAGCCUGGGUGAUUGCCUGAGGGAGGUGAGCCUGGUAUCAGCACUGACACAGGGAGCCAGGGUCUUCCUGACCAGGGAGGAAGCACAGCACUUCCUUAAGGAGUGUGGGCUGCUGAACUGCGAGGUGGUGCUGGAGCUGCUCAGUCGGGCCCUGGAGGACCCCAGUGACAAUGUCCGCAUGCGAUCCAUGAGCGCCAUCUCAUCCCUCAUGUGCUCUGACCUGCUGGCUCUGGACCAGAUCUUUGCAGGGACACGACAACAACUGCAGCAGCUCAGCCAAGGCAGCCCCGGCCCUGUGGCCAACCGAGCAACCAAGAUCCUGCGGCAGUUCGAGGCUCUGUGCGGAGGCCGCCCGUCCCCCAAAACCUCACGGCCACGCUCAGCUCCAUCUGCCCUCACUGAGGGCUCAGCCCCCUGCACUGGGGACCUGCUGACGGACAUCCCACCCCUGCCUGCAGAGAGCAGCAUCCUGCAGCCCCUCAGCGCACCCACAGCCCCCAGCACCGCAGCAGCUGUGGGGACACAGCCGGGAUUGGAAGCGGAGCCCUGGGAGCAGCCCGGCCCCAUAGCAGUGCCCAUCCCACACAGCCAGGAGGCAGAGAGCAGGUUGGGGGUGGAUGUGGGCACGGCUGCAGCCCCCACCCGCAGCCUGUCCCUGUUUGCUGGCAUGGAGCUGGUGGCAGCGCCCAGCACAGCGCUCAGCCUGCACCCAGCGCCUGCGGAGCCGCGGACGUUGCCACAGCCCCGGGGUGACACUGUGCCUGAUCCCAAGGACUCACAGCCCUCGGCCUUCUCCUUCCUUAAUGCAUAGCGGCUGCUGCAGGGCUGGAUAUGGGGCUGGAUAAUGUGGCUUCUCACCAGCAGGCAGCCCUAUGGAGGGCAAUGGGGCUGUGCCUGGGUGCUGUCCAGGAGCCAUAGGGUCGGUGGCGGAGCUUUGAGGCUGGUGCUGCCAUCCCGUUAUGGGGCGGUACGUGGGUCCGGUCUGUGGGGCUCCACUGCUGGGUCGGGGGUGGCCCUGAGUUGGGGUCAGAGCUGUUGGGGUCGCGCUGCUGUGAUGCCAGAAAGCACCAAUAAUAAACCUGAGCCCGGAUGGGACCCGGG